UCCUCAUCACUGCGCCUUCACUCUGACCAGUCUGUUACCUGAGCACAAAUGAGGAAAAUUCAUCUUGAACUCUGAAAAUUGAACUAUGGCAGCGCUGGCAUGGAGUGUUCUCUUGCUUUGUGAGUUAUUUUACUCUUUUAAGUUUAUUUGUGUACCCUGUGUGGUGUUGUUCAAUGUUAAUGUGAAUAUCUAUACUGCCCUCCUUUCAGGCAGCAAAGAUGCUGGUACAGAAUGUCGUGGUUGGGGGGCAGGGGAUUUAACAAAGCUCAUGUCAGUAUGUUUUUUUGGGACACGGAUUUUAGACGAGACGAAAAAAGGCAUUUAAUAUUCUUAAAUGUUUUGAGAGAAUAAGCACAGCCUCAAAAGAACUCACUAAACAACAGAUUUCAGACCAAAGAAACAGACAGAUCGUGAUUAAAAAGCUGGGGACCUUUCCAAGUAACUGUCUCUGACCAAAGGUGCAACUGGAUUGGCACUCUUAUCAAUAACUUAUAACUUUUCUGUGAAAUUUAAGCUAUCAAGCUUCUUCUUUGCCUGUAUCCAACCUCAGGUGCAGCAGGAGCUCUCCUCUCCUCAGCCUCUCCCCUGGUGGUCCAACCGGGUCAGAACAUCUCUCUGACCUGUAAUGUAACAUCCAGCCGUAAGCUGACCUGGUACCUGCUGCGCUCAGAUCAGCUGCUGCCUCUCCUCACAGUCAAAAAAACUAAACUUAAGUCAACUUCAGUCAACUUCCACAAAGACAACAGCCAAAUGAGAAGUAAAGGGAGUUUGGAGAGCGGAUCAGUCAUUCUGGAGAUCCUGCAGGUGGAGGAGGAGGACACUGGGAUUUAUUUCUGCUCAUGGUCGUAUGCAGAAAAGCUUUGUGUGAACAAAGGGAUUCAUCUGUCUUUUCCAAAUCCUCCAGAUGCUCCUUACCCGUGGCAUUUAGCUGUUCGUGCAGGAACAGUGAUUCUCUAUUUAAUCGUCAUGAUCAGCAUCGUUGUAGCAACCUGGAGAAAAGCUCACCAGAUAAAGAGGAGAGAAACAGCAGGAACAAGAGAUGAACUCAGAGUGAAGGAGGCCAUCAUGUGAAGCUGAAGCUGCUGAAACCACUGAUACAGACUGCUGGUGCUCGGACCGCCAUGACUUCUACUCCUCAAGCUUUGUCUUAGACUCCAAGUGUGUACUCUGCAGUUUCAGGUAUUAAGGAGCCAUAAAUACGGUUCCCAAGGCCUUCAUUGGCAGCUGUACUUUACUAAAGUCACUUAGUAGAGCUUCUUUAAAUGAUGUGUAUCUCUUUUUUUAAUCUUUAAUCUGUCAAAUCUAAUCCAAAAGGAUUAUAAAACCAAUAAACAGUUUUUACCAGAAACCUGAUGUGAUGAAACAUUUUGCAUUAAGCAGCCAGCUCUGCAUGAAUCCUGUGAUCAAAGUUUAGCAAACUUCGAAUCAUUCAUGAACAAAAGGUCCAUUAAGAGCCGCUAAAGUAAAGCUUUAAACUUAACAGUCUUAAUGUAGACAAGCUUUGGUUUGACUGAAUGAGCUCUGGCUGGGUUAUACGAGUCUGAACAUGACUCUGAAUGAGGACGGGGCGGACAUUUAAAAACAACAUUAGAUGGUUAAGUUAAGAUGGGGGAGGGGAACCUGGAGCAGUGAGUAAAGACAACCCCAAAAAUAAUUCAGCAGGUAUUUUCCUAUGAGGACCUCUGGGAGGAUUUUAAGCCUCAUAAUAAAAAAAUCUAACUUCUUUUCUGUUUGCUGUUCUUUUCAUUUAGAUAAAUAUAAGUCAUGUUUUCUGACAAAAACCCACCCUGAAUGGCACCUUUUUUUAUGGUAAAUAUAUCCCUCAAUGUGAUUGGUUGGGAAAUCAAAGACAGUCACAGGUAUUGAAUAUUACAAUACAGGAAUUAAUAAGUCAUUUUUUUAACAGUGUUUUUGCUAAUCUAGCAGAUCACACACUGAAGUUAUGCAAUUAAUUGUAUUUCAUUUAUAAUUUUGAGCCCCCUACGAUCAUAAAAAACAUGAUACAGACUGAAUGGUAUCGUGCUACCUGCUGUGAUGCCCUCUUACAUCCUAUACACUGAAUGAAGCGCACCCUCCCUCUCUUCCUUAACAGCAGAGCCUAGGCGUGGCCCCUCCCUUCAAACAGCUCUCACUGUCACUUCAUCAUAAGCAUCUCAGAUCAAUAUGAAACAAAAUUCCUAAAACGUAGGUGAGAGGCAGGUGUCAGCCAAGCAGCUGAAGAAACUAAUGUGUUUUUACAAUUUCCUCUUUAAGUUUUGACAGUGAAUGAGACAUUUGACUGUCAUCAGUCAAAUCGUGAUAACAUUUCUCUGAAAGAAGACGCUUUGUAAGCAUGUAGAGGAUAAGAUAAGCAGAGACGGCUUUGUCCACAAUGGACGCCAACUUCCACAGGAACUUUAACUAAAAACAAGACAGUAAUUCACUGUUUCAUUCCCAAAAAAAGAGAGCUUUUGAAAAUGUUUGUUAACAGCAGUAGCCAGAACUCUUGAGUCAGAUAUCCAGUAGCAUGUUUCUGCACCCAUUUGACUUAAGAUCACAAAAAACACGCAUGAGCAUUUAUCUUCAGAUGAGGACACCUGAUGUCAAUGUUGUCAACAUGUCGAACAAGGUGCCACGCCAAAAGAGUACACAGCCUUAACAAAAGUGCUGCGUCACUCCUCCUGUCAUCUCUACACUCUUUAGAAACCUGUUACCGUUAAGGAACGCAUGCUGUAAGAAAUAUGUUUCCCUGAUGGGGAAAUCGAUGCAAAAUGUACAACUUUUCAAUGAUUUCGACUUUGCUUUCAAGGAAUUUUGUUUGCCAAUCAAUCAAUCAAUCAAGAUCUACUCAAACCCAGAUAGUUUUUUUUACACUUGACAAGAAAAAGUAAAUUGGUUUACAUGAUUUUCUUCAACUUUUACAGAGAAGCAUAAAACCCCACUAUAAUUAGACCCUGCAUUGAAAAAUAGAGGGUUGCCCUAACCUCUAAGCUAUCUGAUUAAGUCAUUUGGAGGACCAAACUGUAAAAGGAAGGAAUCCCUACAACUCUGCCAUCAAACAAACCUGAAAACAGCUUCAGGAAGACAAACAAAUUCACUCACUAUCCUCGACAAAACUGUAAAUGCCCCGCCCACUUCCAAAACUAACUAAUCAGAUUUCACCCGACAAUCACUCAGCACUCAUCAGUUCUAGUGUCUGCCAGAGGGUGUAGUCAUGGUGACUAAAGAGCAGGGUGGGGGGUUGAGGGAAUGGGACAGAGGAGAGCAUACCUGAGACAACGGUGAAACCUGAGAGGGGGGAGGAGGUUCAGCACUCACUGGAGUAAGGAGGACGGCUCAGACAAACAAACUACAGGAUGGGAGAGAGAGCCUGUGUUUCUUUAACACAGACGAUUCUCUGAAAACACAGCCUGGGUCUGCAUGAUUCUGUUUCUGCUGUCUAACGCUGUCAAUUUGUUGUUUUUAGUAAGUGUGUGUGCUUUUAUAGUUCAAGUGUCACGACAACAAAAUCACUCCAACCCUCAGUGUAAACAACAGAUGAUUAAAACCUGUGAGAUAAGGGGAGGAGGUGACAUACAGCAACAACCAUAUACUUCAAUGUCUAUUUGAAUAUUUGAAAAAAAAAGUACAUUUAUUAUCUAUGAAAGAAUAGUGUGUAUUUUGUUUUGUUUUAUAUCUAUCUAUCUAUCUAUCUAUCUAUCUAUCUAUCUAUCUAUCUAUCUAUCUAUCUAUCACAAUAACAGCUUAAUUCUGAGACUAUGGGACAUGAUGGAAAUACCAGCAGGUUGGAUAUCAUUUAAGUCCGAUAUCAUAUAUCCUCUGUUUUCAUUAUUUCAAGGAACUAGUUUCUGGUCUAUUUAAAAAAAAUGCUUUUGAAUUAACUUUGUAAUCAAUUAGAUUUAAGAUGAGGGAUGUGCAUAUUUAGGCCUGUACUGGAGGCCUAAAAUGCCAUAUAUCGAGUCUUAACUGCACCAGUUAAGGUUAAUGAGAACUGUCGUUAUCUUAUAGUGUCCUACAACCCGAAUGUAGGCAAGCUAAGAUGGCAGAUUGCUUCUUGUAAAGCAGCUCAGUUAGUCAGUGUUUUGAUCCAGAAAAUGGAGAUAAAGUUGUUUGUUGACUGUGUCUGGUUAUACUGGUAUCUGCUCUACCUGAACAAUGUGUAACCAGCAAAAGCAUGCAGAGAGCCACCUGCCAGGACUGACGGCUGAGUGCCAACUACGGAUGCUCUGAUGAACAUCAGUAUUGGCAAAUAUCUGCCGUGUUGACUAAUGGCGGCACAUCUGAAAAUAAUGUAUCUGUACUCUUGAGCCUUCUGUUUUUGUCUUUUACACCUUACUGGUGUUAUACAAAGAUGCUUCUUAUUGGGCAGAAGAAGUCCCUGACUGGACAAAGUGAUUUAAUGAUGAAACAUAAAGUCUGUGGAAUGUGCUUCCAUCUCUGAGAAAGAGCAGCAACAUGCAGUUUGUUAGACACGCUCCAGGCACUAGCCACUGUUUACACAUGCAUCAAGUCCCACACAAAAAAUACAAAGAAGUAAUGCAAAAAACACUGGUAUCAGUUACUGAGUUAAAUUUAUAUCUCAAACGUGGGUUUCAGCUCCAAUUGUAUCCGAAAGUGUUUUCUGAGUGUUGACCGCACAUGAGAAGGAAACCACAAAUGACAAUGUGUGGCUGAUAUUUUGCCCACUUGGCGUACAAAGACACAGACGGAGACUCAGCAUUGUCUACAGUACAUGCAGAUGAGCAUAAAAGCAUUUCUUUCUAAAGAAAAGCUCAAGAACAAAUAAUCACAAAAAUGAGAUUGAUUCAUGUUUCCACUCUGACAGAAGUGCUAGUCCUCAUCUCAAGACUCCCACAACGACAGUCUGUGACAGAAAAACAAGCAGAAACAUGCUGGGAAUUUCAGGGUCCCCAGAGGCAGUUUCCCAUCAGAAAAUUGUAGCUUUUCAAGAAAAGCUGUGAAAUUAAAAGUAUUAAACCCUAAAUGAUAUAUUUUUUUAAAAAAGACUUCAAACAGGAGCAGAAGAAAAAAAAAGGUAAAAACAGGGCCCUAAAAGGUCUUUUUCACAGUUCGGUCCAGAUCACAUCCCUCCAUCAACAAUCAAGAGAACUUAAAGUAAUGAAGCAAAGAUGGAUAGUUAAGGAUAAUAUAAAACUCUGAAAAGCUUUUAUGGUUGAGAAAUGAUAAAUAGAUGACUGCAAAACUAAUCACCAUUGUUUUAUUUAUAAAUCUUUAAACUGCUUAUUUCUGUGUCCCUGACAAAAUUUUUGAAUCUAAGUACAGACGUCUGCGAGACAUUUUCUAUAAUCUCCUGCCAACAAACUUCAGUAUGGGGGAAAAAAAAGACUUUGCGGAGGAAAUUACAGUUUCUAAAGGUUUCUGGACCAAGCAUAGGUGAAGCAAAAUGUAAAGAGAAGGUUAUUUUUAACUCUUCAUUAUUUUUCAGGACGAGUUCCUGGCAUGACCCGGAUCUGGGCCACGGCAGAGGAGAACGUAUCGGUGUCGGGUACUGAGCGACUCGGCUGUGCGAGAAAAGAUGCUAUCAGGGAGAUUAAUGCAGGGUCGGGUUUCUGCAGCACCUGAGGGGAAUCCCUCUGAGCCCUGGGCUGAUCUAUCUGUAAUCAACAGGUGAGAAACAAAAAGGAACAACGACUGCCUGUUCUCUGCUGGACUCCCACUUAACACUGCGACUCUACAUGCAGACAAACACACAAACCAGCUGUCCUCCACUCUGUGUGCAUCUUUUUCAAGAAUAGAAAGUCCAGAUGAAUAGGGUCAUUAUUUAGUUGGUGUUUUUCCUACCGCACAUUCUUUCAGAUUAUUUCUUUAUCCAGUAAGGGGGUGUAGCUACAUGAAACUGCCCGAAAGCCCAGCAAACAUAAACCCAGUUUUUUGGUAUUAAUCUGUUAUUUUAGUCGAUAGAGCCCCAACAACCAUGGAUUCCAUGAUAAGACUGGGAGGGGACAGCUAGACAAGUUGAAAGCCUCUGUGCUAGGCAAAGCUCAUCGGGAACUUUUUAAUUUCACAAAGACUGCAAAUAACAGUGUUGGUACAAAUAACUGUUUAGUGUUUAUCAGGUCAGCGUUUAGAUUUUCUGACUAAAUUGAAUGCUUUAGAGAUAACUGAUCUAUCCUUUGUUCAACAAAAAUGUGAAGAUUUGUUUUCUUUCCACUUAAGGACACAUGCUUGCAUUUAUUUCAUAUAAAUCUGCAUCAUGCUUUUUUUAUUUUUGCAAACUUAAGACCUGAAUAAAGCAAGUAAACUGCAAGAAUGAAAGGUUCAUUUUCAGGUCUUUAUCAUCAGAGUUAACCCAAGGACAGCUUCUGCAUAAUUGACUGUUUACAGCGAAACUGAGACUCAAUCAAAGCAGAUGAAUACUUGUAACUCCAUGAAAUGAUGGUUUGCAAUUUGCAGACAUAUCUGGGGUAAGAUUUUGCUCUGCAUUUUAUCUCAACACACAGUCGUGAUAAUCGUGUGUCGAUUAUUAUAUCCUUAACCUGUGCAAUACACGUCCAUAUACAUAUAAAAAAAUAUACUCAAACACAUAUAUAUAUUUAUUUUUGAUAAUUCUCUUUAGUAUUUAUCUUUCUAUUUUAUUCUUAUACAUAUGUUUUAUUUUACUGUUCUGUAGAAUUCUUGUCUUGUAUAUAUAGUACCUUCUAUCUUUCUAUUUGUACUUUUACUACCUUAAUUUUACUUGUCUAUUGCACUGCUUUUACUUGUACUUUUAGUAUGAUGACAAUAAAUGACAUUCUGAUUCUGAUUCGUUAGAUGCAGAAUAGGAUUGCUGCAACAUAUCAGGUACAAAAAAUAUGAAAGGAUUAUGCUUCGCACCAUGAAGCCACCUGCUACAACAAAAUGAGCCUCACACUGUGGGAAACACGCAGGUUUACCAGCAAAUAUCAACAAACACAGGCUAGAAAGCUUUGAAAAUUAAACAUAUCACUAUAUCAUUGGCCUUCUGAAUGUGGCCACUAAUGACUCCAGAAAGACAAUGAACUCCAGAUGACUUAUCAAUUGUGACAGCUAUAAAUUUUCUAAAAUUUCCAUUCACAACAUGUGAACAGGACAGAGAGACAUUUGCAGAGAAAGAUGAACAGGAUACCGCCUAUUGUAUCAUCUUGUAAGUAAUUCAAUUCACCAUCAGAACAAGUGUCCUAAAUAUGUGAACAAUCUUACAACCAGUCAACUAGUCUCCAAGUAUCUGUGGGAGUGUGUGCAGGCUGUUUAAUGGAGGUUAAUGAGUCAAGCCAUCAGUGCUUUCCUCACAGCUGGGGUUGGGACCAUGAAAGCAGACACAGACAGACAGUCAGCCCACAGAGACACCAGCAGUUACUCUGAAAUGUGUCUGCAACCCGCCAGAGCACCUGAGCAAAAGCAGCAACACUGAAAUAAGAAGCAUGUUUUUAGAUACAUGUUUGAAUUUUUUAUACUUCUCUAAUCUCAGUCUGAAGCAAAAGACGUUUAGAGUCACCUGGACGAUAAUCUCAAACAGGAGAAACAUCAUUUAUGAGGUGAUUUUACAGCAUCCUUCCUUCCUCAUUCUUUAACAAACACACCAUCAUCCUCCCUCAUAUACUCAAAUUCUAUUUAAAUUCUGCUUUGCCUAUGUUGUACAGAAACCUCAGGCAGGCCUGAGCCUCAGGUGGAAAAUGUUUGCUAUAGCAGUGUUUGUGGCGUGGUUUUAAGUGCCCACGGUUUUCGCAUUUGUUGAAUUUGAAUAUUUUUUUUUUUAUGGCUCAAACUGUCUGCAUGAAUAAACUAAAAUCUCUUCUCCUUUAAAACAAUCCUCUCGGGCUUCAUCGAGUCUUUCUGUUUGUCACUUCUUCUCAUCUCAAAAGAUGGAAAUUAAAACCUGACAAUCAAAUUCUUCUUGUUUGAUUAAUCUGGGAAUAGUCUGUGUGUUUGUGCUAAAGGCUUUCAAUAUUAUACUCGUAUUAGUUUAUUCUCAGACCUAUUCCUGUGGUUAUCAUGUUCCUACAAUUACAUUUAGCGACCUGAUACCAUCCCAGAAAUUGAAUUUAAACCCUUAUGCUGUAUAUUAAGUAGCCUACCCGACUAUGUUUUUUUCCUGGACUCCUAAACUGUCAAUUUUGGGGGCUAAAAUCGCUCCAAAGUAGGUUUUUGAUCCCCAAUUAACUCCCUCCAGCAGCUUUAAUACUUGGAGGCUAAAGUUUUUAUAAUCUUUUUAUACAAUACUUUGAAUCAUGGGCGCUAAAUGCCCUCUUCUGACCCUGAUUUACACCCAAGCUCUGGAAUACGUGGGCAAAAUUUUCCAUCCAUUAUCAAAACCUCAAUGUCUACUGAAUCACACGAGCCUAAAUUUGCUUUAAAGCCCAAAGUACCCCUUUCACUGUGAAGGUCAAAUCCACUUUUUACUCCCUAAGAUGUCUGAUUAGAGAGUUAAAUUUGCUCUUGGAAAUCUAAUACUUGUUAAGUCAGGGGCAAGAAGUGUCAUUUCAGCCCCUGAGAUGUCUGAUUUGAGGAUACAUUCGCUGUAGGACUCCUUUAACCUCUUGGCUAUUGUGGGCACAUAUUUCCAUUUCAGCCCCUUGUUCCCCCUGAACUCUUUUAUUUGGGGGCUAAAUUUGGUUCUGGACUCAUUUUGAUCCAUUAGCUGCCUGCCUGCUACUGUACCCCUUGCAUUAUAAUAGCUUUGACCGAUGGGCCAGGAUAUGAUUUAAGGUCCUGAGGACGACCUAGAUUUUGAAUUUGGGGGCUGAAUUUGCUCCUUAGUCGUCUUCUUGGGUUGCUAAACUUGAGAAUCACAUCCUCCUACUUUUGAGGGAAAAAAACAAACUGGGGAAAAUUUGGCAACAGGAAAGAACCUAAACAUCUGUUACGUAAUCUAAGGAUUGAAAAAGCUGACAUAACUCCUUCACCGCCGCUUGACCUUCAAUCUAUUUGCCUCUUGAGUUACAAUUCAAAUCCGAAGUGAAGGAUUUCAAUUUCCGCCAUUUCCAUGA